AUGGAUCGAUCGGCAAUUACGGUAGGGCCGGGCAUGGACUUGCCAAUAAUGCACGACAGCGAUCGGUAUGAGCUAGUUCGAGACAUCGGUUCGGGGAAUUUCGGUGUGGCCAGGCUGAUGAGGGAUAGGCAGACCAACGAGCUCGUCGCUGUCAAGUAUAUCGAGAGAGGUGAGAAGAUAGAUGAAAAUGUACAAAGGGAAAUUAUUAACCACAGAUCACUGAGGCAUCCCAAUAUUGUCCGAUUCAAAGAGGUUAUAUUAACACCAACACAUUUGGCAAUUGUGAUGGAAUAUGCAUCUGGAGGAGAGCUAUUUGAGCGGAUAUGCAAUGCCGGCCGAUUUAGCGAGGAUGAGGCACGCUUUUUCUUCCAACAACUCAUAUCAGGAGUCAGUUAUUGUCAUGCAAUGCAAGUAUGCCAUCGGGACUUGAAAUUGGAGAACACAUUAUUGGACGGAAGCCCAGCUCCUCGACUGAAGAUUUGUGAUUUUGGGUAUUCCAAGUCCUCAGUGCUGCAUUCACAACCCAAAUCAACUGUUGGAACUCCUGCAUAUAUUGCCCCGGAAGUGUUGCUCAAGAAAGAGUAUGAUGGCAAGAUUGCAGAUGUGUGGUCUUGUGGCGUAACCUUAUAUGUCAUGCUCGUGGGUGCAUAUCCUUUUGAGGACCCUGCUGACCCUAAGAACUUUCGCAAGACAAUACAACGAAUUCUUAAUGUACAGUAUGCAAUUCCAGAUUAUGUUCAUAUAUCGGCAGAGUGCCGCCAUCUGAUCUCAAGGAUUUUUGUAGCUGAUCCUGCACAGAGGAUAACCAUGCUUGACAUCAGAAACCACUCGUGGUUUCUGCAGAACCUCCCCCUCCCAGCAGAACUGAUGGAUGAGGGCACCAAGAACAACCAGUUUAAAGAGCCUGAUGAGCCCAUGCAGAGCAUUGAUGAAAUUAUGCAGAUCAUUGCUGAAGCCACCAUUCCGGCUGCUGGAACUGCCAGUCUUAAUCAGUAUCUGACCGGUAGCCUUGACAUUGAUGAUGAAAUGGAUGAGGACUUCGAGAGUGAUCCUGACCUCGACUUAGAUAGCAGUGGAGAGAUAGUCUAUGCUAUAUGA